ACCACUAAAUCUUAUACAAUUCAUAGAGAAGGAAUAAAAUUAACUGUCAGUAACAUAAAUAGCCUCUUUCAAGUCUGAACGAAGCCCGCACUGACCUGUCCGUAGCAGUGCAGAUCAGUGGAUUGGUACAUAAUCAUAAUAUUUCGUCAUCAUACUCUUUGGACAACAUAACAGAAAUAUAAUAAAAUAUUACUUUUCAUUUUAAAUAAAAGGUAAAUUUACAUAUCGCCCAUUUACCGAGAUAAUCUUAAGCGUAUAAAACCCUUAUUAGAUUCUCUUGGGAGUGAAACUGGAAACAUCAUUGGAAUUGUAAGUAUAAAGUGGCAAAAUCAGUAUAAGAAUAUGGCAGAAAUUAGCGAAAAAUACAACACCAAAUGCCCUGGUGUAAAACGUCUGAUGCGGGAGGCCAUAGAGUUAGCGGAAGCUACAGAAGAAUACUGCGCGAGACCAUUAGAAGAUAAUUUAUUUGAGUGGCACUUUACAAUACAAGGACCGAAAGGCACAGAUUUUGAAGAUGGGAUCUACCAUGGUAGGAUACUGUUGCCGAAGGAGUAUCCUAUGCAUCCACCGCAUAUCAUACUAUUAACACCGAAUGGGAGGUUCGAAGUUAACAAAAAGAUUUGUUUGUCCAUAUCUGGACAUCAUCCAGAGACAUGGCAACCUUCAUGGUCUAUAAGAACAGCUCUUCUUGCCCUGAUUGCCUUUAUGCCAACGCCUGCGGAAGGUACUAUUGGUUCGAUCGACUACAGCCCAGCAGAACGCAAAGUUUUGGCAAAGAAAUCCAGAACUUGGUCUUGUUCGGAAUGUGGAGAAAUAAUAAAUUUAUUAUCUUCAACUGCAGCUAAGCCGAUAACUGAAGAAGAACAAUCUGUUUUGAAUCAAAUUGCAUUUAAAGGUGAGGAUGAACAAGCCUCAAAGCCACCAGUGGAAGAGCCAGCACCAGAAAUUGAGACUCAAGUAAUUGAAUCGUCUGACAACACUACUACUUUCUUAGAUCAACUGACUGAGAUACUUGUAGCACUCCUUGUUGGUGCAAUAGGUAUAUUCAUAUAUAGACGCUGGAAUACACAUCAAACCACAACUGGUGAUGAUAUGUAAAUCACUUGAUGAGAUUUCUAAAGUAUUUUAAGAUAAUGUAUGUUAGACAUGAUAUUUUACUAUUAGUAAUUACAUACCCAUGUUUUUAAACUAACAAAAAAAUAAUCAUUUUCAAUCAUUCAUAAGCUUCCCAACAUACUUUAGUGUAACAUCAAAAUUAAGUCCUUGUAAGUAACUUUAGUUUCAAGGACUAUUUUUAUUAAGUCAAUAUUUAACAUUGAGCACAUGCAUUUUAAACUUUAGUCAUAACAAGUAUUUAUUUUUCACUUAAAAUCACAUUAUGAAUGCCAUUGAAAUGGUGAUAGUAUAAAUUGACAUACAAACUUUAUUAAUCUUUUUAAAACUGGUGUUAUAAAAAAUUUAAUGUACUCUUGCCAGUGUCCCAGAGUAGGGUACUCAGAGAUGUAUUUUUAUCGUAAUCAUAAAAUGUUUCAGCAUUUUUCAAGUAGUUAUGUAGUUCAUUUGUAUUGUAAAAUAUUUUGUUUAAUAAAAAGUUGUAAUGUAUUUUAAAAUUUCUAUUUGUU